CCCCUGAUAGACGCCUUGCACACAGGCUAGUGACGUCGACAGAAUAACAUGGCUGCUGUGUGAGCUGGGUACUUGGCUGCUGCGAUCCCGUCGUUUGUGUUUAUUUACAUCCGGGAACUGUCUGGACUCAGGAGUGGGCGCAGCGCGGUAGCAGCAGCAGCAAUAGGUCUCGGCGGACGAAGAGCUCUCCCGUAGCGGUAGGUGACGUGUGGAGUCUCGGGCUCCCGCUGAUGUCGGAUAACCAGAGCUGGAACUCCUCGGGCUCAGAGGAAGACCUGGAGACCGAGCCCGGGCCACCCGUGGAGCUCUGCGGAGUCCUCUCUAAGUGGACCAACUAUAUACAUGGAUGGCAGGAUAGAUGGGUUGUUCUGAAAAACAACACCUUGAGCUACUAUAAAUCGGAGGAUGAAACUGAAUAUGGCUGCAGAGGAUCCAUCUGUCUCAGCAAGGCUGUUAUCACGCCGCAUGAAUUUGAUGAAUGCCGUUUCGACAUCAGUGUUAAUGACAGUGUAUGGUACCUGCGUGCACAGGAUCCUGACCACCGGCAGCGAUGGAUAGAUGCUAUUGAGCAGCACAAGUCUGAAUCUGGCUAUGGAUCUGAGUCUAGCUUACGGCGGCAUGGCUCAAUGGCUUCCCUGGUGUCUGGAGCAAGCGGCUAUUCAGCUACAUCCACCUCCUCCUUCAAGAAAGGACACAGCCUGCGAGAGAAACUUGCUGAAAUGGAGACGUUCCGUGACAUCUUGUGUAGACAGGUGGACACGUUGCAGAAGUAUUUUGAUGCGUGUGCAGAUGCAGUCUGUAAAGAUGAGCUUGAGAGGGAUAAAGUGGUUGAAGAUGAUGAAGAAGACUUCCUUCAGAACCAUGCAGAUGGAGACUACAUUCACACCAGCAAUGGCAAUAGAGAAAAAUUGUUCCCACAUGUGAAUCCCAAAGGAAUUAAUGGUAUAGAUUUUAAAGGAGAAGCCAUCACUUUCAAAGCCACCACAGCUGGUAUUCUAGCCACUCUCUCACAUUGCAUUGAGCUUAUGGUUAAACGGGAGGACAGCUGGCAGAAGAGGCUUGAUAAGGAGAUUGAGAAGAGGAGGAGAGUAGAGGAAGCCUACAGAAAUGCAAUGACUGAAUUAAAGAAGAAGUCCCAUUUCGGAGGACCAGACUAUGAAGAGGGACCCAACAGCCUGAUUAAUGAGGAAGAAUUCUUUGAUGCUGUGGAAGCUGCUUUGGACCGACAGGAUAAAAUUGAGCAGUCCCAGUCAGAAAAGACGAGAACACAUUUAUCUUCAGCUUUAGCAACAAGUGAUGCGUUCAGCGGGGUGGGAACUCACAGAUAUGUUCGAGCGUCCCCUUGUCAUUCUCCUCCAAAUGAUCUAGUCAGUACCCCUGAUGAGCACAGAUUCCGGAGCGAGGUGGAAGAGAUGGUACAAAACCACAUGACUUACUCACUACAAGAUGUGGGGGGAGACGCCAACUGGCAGCUAGUUGUAGAAGAAGGAGAGAUGAAGGUUUAUAGAAGAGAAGUGGAAGAAAAUGGCAUUGUCCUCGACCCACUAAAGGCCACUCAUUCUGUAAAAGGAGUCACAGGACAUGAGGUCUGCCAAUACUUCUGGAACGUCGAUGUACGCAACGACUGGGAGACUACAAUUGAAAACUUCCACGUCGUUGAGAAACUGUCCCCAAACGCAAUCAUUGUAUACCAGACGCACAAGAGAGUGUGGCCAGCUUCCCAACGCGAUGUCUUGUACUUAUCUGCAAUCCGAAUGAUUCCAGCUGCUAGUGAGAAUGAAAUGGACACUUGGAUUGUGUGCAACUUCUCCGUGGACCAUGACAGCGCUCCUCUCAACAACCGGUGUGUUCGUGCCAAAAUCAAUAUUGCCAUGAUCUGUCAAACACUGGUUAGUCCACCGGAAGGCAACAAAGAAAUAAGUAGAGACAACAUUCAAUGCAAGAUUACCUAUGUUGCUAAUGUGAAUCCGGGAGGGUGGGCUCCUGCAUCUGUACUCCGAGCAGUGGCCAAACGUGAAUACCCCAAGUUUCUUAAAAGGUUUACUACAUACGUGCAAGAGAAAACCUCAGGGAAAUCUAUAUUUUUCUAACCAUUGCCAGUGAAAUGAAGAGGCAGUGAGAACAUUCCACAUUGGAUGACUGUGAAUUACACCUCCAACAUGGAACCUGGGAUCGUCAGCCUUUUUACAUACUGUCCUGAGGAUAAUGAGGAGUCUUACAUGAGACUGAAUUGCAAACACUAGCUGUCUUCUGCUAGGCCUUCUCGCUGAAUUAGAGUGUAAAUUAUAACUACGCGCUGAAGAAGAGAUUUAUAUAUAUUUUUUUUUCUUUCCCUUUUUCUAUUUGCUUGCUUCGAAUGGUCAUGGGAAACAAUUACUGUAAGGAUCGAGGCUUUAAAUUUUCUACAACAGUAAACAGCUUACCUACCAUAGGCCUGUAAACGUAAUAAAGCCAUAACUAUCCUGUGUUUCUGUGCAUGUUUUAGGUUGUGAUAUUCAUGGACAGAAACACACGGGUGUUUUUAAAGGUUGUCUUAAGACUGUUGGUAAAAAGAUAUUGGGGUUUGUUUUUGUUUGUUUUUUUUGCUAGCUUCUUGCUAGCUUUUGUGAUGGUAAUAACUGAGGGCUGUUAUAAGCUAUGGCUUUGCCUUUCCUUGUAAAAUUCCAAUGAAGAUUUAAAACAUCUGAAGGAGUUCUACAUUGUAAGAAAGCUUUAUUUUAUUUUUUUCUCUCUCCAGAAAUCUAUAUAUUUCUAUUUUGUAUUUUAGUUGUGUGAAUAACUUAGAGCAAACAUUGUGUUCUAGAAUUUGAUCCAGAAAUUUCCAGAUCCGUUUCUUGAGUGGUUAAUCUGCUUAAUGACACCUGGGUCCUCACUACAUAAUUCUUACAUACAAGCCCUUAAUGUGUGUUCUUCAGUUGAAUGGAUUCUGUGUUUUUGCACUAGCCUCUCGAUCUGGUGUGACUUGAACAUUCGCACUUAGGGGCCUGUCAACUGCACUGCUGGGAGCGGUUUGUGGGCGGAGCCACUCUGCAGCUGAUCGACAUGCUAGUACCUCACACUCCAGUGAGGCCACUAGGGUCUAGUAAGCGGAUUGGCUGCAUAAUGAGCGAGUCCACACUAUGGCUGCUUCUAUAGUUUGUAAGCGAUGGGUACAUUUUAAAUGUUGUGUGAAUACAGGCUGUAGACCAAGAGAAAGUACACCUAGCACUCAAGCAGUUACUGAACUGCAAAUCCUUUUUAAUGGCCAUAAACUUGAUUAUAACACAUGGUCCAGAAUAAUUCUGAAAGACUGAAAGCUGCUUUUUUCCCCCUCUCUCUGUACUUAGUUUAAGGUUUAUAUUCUGCUUGAGUGAUCAUAGAAAAAAAAAUUGAUUUGCACCACAACGUUUCAGAACGUCCACCAAUAAGAUACUGUAAAAAAUUAAAAACACUUACAUGUGUUAUAUUGCUGGGUAGCUGAGUGCAAGCUUGUUGAACAUUUACUCAGUCGUCCUCUUUUCUGACAUUUGUUAAUAUUAUAAAAAAUUGGGACAUAAAAUGGUAACAUGUAUAUUAUGGAAUGUUGGGGCUUCAUGGCUGUUGAAAAGGGAGAGUCGUGAACUUUGCAUAUUGAGGUUUCUUGUUAAUCUAUUUGUUUAAUUAUUGUUGAAUGACAAUCUUGAUUCUUACAGAAUAUGGAGGACUAAAGGCUUUGGAAGAAAGGCCUGUGUUCAUGUUUGCAAAUCUAGCGGUCUCCUGAUCGUCAGUGCAGUUAGUCUUCAAAGUCGAAUUGUCACCAAGCGGUGGCUAUACGUUACCCCACAGUCUUAGGUCUGAUGUCUGCACCCUUCUGUAUAUUCCGGUAAUGUUCCUCUUCUGGAAAUGCUGAUUUGAUGGUUGUUCUAAUAUGAGAUUUGGCACAGAAAUAAAAUGUUCCUGCCCUGGUUGAUGAUGCAAUAUAUAAUAAUCACAAUGUUUGCUUCCCCACCCACCUUAAAUUCCUCACUCGGUAACGGGACAUUAGGAAUCCUGACUAACUUGUCCAUUCCAUUGAUAUCUGUCUCGUACAUCAGUUACAGAUUUUUUUUUAUUUUUUUUUCAAGUUUGCUAGAACUUAUAAUCAACAACUACCUACAGGUGUUUUCUGCUGUGGGAGGAAAGCGCCCUGUCCACUCCAUGCUGAGUAAUUUAUUUGUUCUACUCCAGACAACGCACAUAAACAUAUAUUGCCUUACCACUACAAAGCUCUGUUCAAGGAUUGAUCUAGAAGUGCCUACGUGGUAAGAAGCAGAUGACCAGAACCUAGGAAACUAUGGCAUCAAACUUUUCAAAAAUAAGAAAAUCGUACUCAAAUACCAAAACAUUGAAUAGCCACUUAUUGGUUAUGGAAAACAGUUAUAAAUAUGAAUGUUGGUUAUUUUCGGUUGCUAUUGUGGAUGCAAGUAACUUUGGCACUUUGAGUGAUGGAAAGCCUGCUGUGCAUUCAACUACAAUGCAUUGCAAAGCUGUUCAAUGCUUCAAGUGCUGAAAUUGAAAGCUUUAUUUUAAGAAGGCUUAUGAGAAGUUUACAAAACAAUAUAUAAUUCUUAAUAUCAUUAGUUGCAUUUGCACUAAAUGUGUUGUACUUUUGCUAUUCUGUAAAUAAACGUAUUACACUAA